CCUCCGGUGACGUCAUCCGCCCGCGCCCGAUGCGAAGGAGGAGGAAAAAAACGGGGCGCGCGGGCCCGAAGCGCCGGGACUCUCUCCCCUUCGCGGGGAGGGCGACGACGAGGAGGAUCUGCGGGGAGAUGGGGCGCCUCCCGCGGCUGAGGCGGAAGCAGCGCCUUUGAGCCGCCCCGGGAGCAGGCCCUGUGUCCUCAGUGCUGGUUUGAUCAGCUGCGUUGAACGUUUUGGAUGAAAUUAAAGUGCUUUCAAUGCUGAAAGGUGUGCUUUUACAAGGAGAGUGGUAGUGAUGAUGAUAUGUCAGUUUGUGGGACAUGCAGUCUUUCUGAAGGUUACUCAAACUUUGAACCUGCCUUCUCAGCUCUCUUGUUGGCUGGAGUAACUCACUAUGGCUCCUAAAGAUAUAAUGACUAAUUCUCAUGCCAAGUCAAUUCUCAAUGCAAUGAACUCUCUGCGAAAAAGUAACACAUUGUGUGAUGUGACCCUGCGUGUGGAACAAAAAGACUUUCCAGCCCAUCGUAUUGUGUUAGCUGCUUGCAGUGACUACUUCUGUGCUAUGUUCACCAGUGAGCUUUCAGAGAAGGAUAAACCCUAUGUAGAUAUCCAAGGGCUAACAGCCUCAACUAUGGAAAUAUUGUUGGACUUUGUGUACACAGAAACUGUUCACGUGACAGUGGAGAAUGUUCAAGAGUUGCUCCCAGCAGCCUGUCUGCUUCAACUAAAAGGAGUAAAGCAGGCUUGCUGUGAGUUCCUAGAAAGCCAGCUGGAUCCAUCUAACUGUCUGGGCAUCCGAGAUUUUGCUGAAACACACAAUUGUGUUGACUUAAUGCAGGCAGCUGAAGUCUUUAGCCAGAAGCACUUCCCAGAUGUAGUUCAACAUGAAGAGUUUAUACUCCUAAAUCAAGAAGAAGUGGAAAAGCUCAUCAAAUGUGAUGAAAUACAGGUUGAUUCUGAAGAACCUGUCUUUGAGGCAGUUAUUAAUUGGGUGAAGCACUCAAAGAAAGAAAGGGAAGCAUCCCUGCCAGAGCUGCUACAAUAUGUGCGCAUGCCACUUCUCACCCCACGCUACAUCACUGAUGUCAUAGAUGCUGAGCCUUUUAUUCGAUGUAGUUUGCAGUGCAGAGACCUUGUAGAUGAAGCUAAGAAGUUUCAUUUAAGGCCUGAGCUUCGAAGCCAGAUGCAAGGACCUAGAACCAGAGCACGUUUAGGUGCCAAUGAGGUACUCUUAGUAAUUGGAGGUUUUGGAAGUCAGCAGUCACCUAUUGAUGUGGUGGAGAAAUAUGACCCAAAGACACAAGAGUGGAGUUUCUUACCAAGCAUCAGCCGCAAAAGACGUUAUGUUGCCACAGUUUCAUUGCAUGAUCGGAUAUAUGUAAUUGGCGGUUAUGAUGGCCGUUCCCGUCUUAGCUCUGUAGAAUGCUUGGAUUAUACAUCUGAUGAAGACAGUAUCUGGUACUCUGUGGCUCCUAUGAAUGUUCGACGGGGCCUAGCAGGAGCCACUACUUUGGGAGACAUGAUCUAUGUUUCUGGAGGUUUUGAUGGAAGCCGGCGCCACACCAGUAUGGAAAGAUAUGAUCCCAACAUUGAUCAGUGGAGUAUGUUGGGAGAUAUGCAGACAGCUCGAGAAGGAGCAGGACUGGUGGUUGCUAAUAAUGUUAUUUACUGUCUUGGUGGCUAUGAUGGUCUGAACAUUUUGAAUUCUGUGGAACGAUAUGAUCCUCACACAGGACACUGGACAAAUGUUACUCCAAUGGCCACCAAACGUUCAGGAGCUGGAGUAGCCUUGCUGAAUGAUCAUAUUUAUGUGGUUGGAGGGUUUGAUGGAACAGCACAUUUGUCCUCUGUAGAAGCAUAUAAUAUUCGCACAGACUCCUGGACAACAGUGACCAGCAUGACGACCCCCCGUUGUUAUGUGGGUGCAACAGUGCUCAGGGGAAGGCUUUAUGCCAUAGCAGGGUAUGAUGGAAACUCACUUCUGAGCAGUAUUGAGUGCUAUGAUCCUAUUAUUGACAGCUGGGAAGUGGUAACAUCACUGGGGACCCAACGUUGUGAUGCUGGCGUGUGUGUGUUGCGGGAGAAAUGACUAGGAGAAAGCCUUGCGAGAGUACUUCAAUGGAAUAGAGAAGCUAUGACAGAAAGCACCAGCUGACUUGGAGUUUUUGAUCUAGUUGUUGAUGCCGUGACUAUUGCAUUUGGCCUAUGCUGUAUGCCCUGCUGCUCAUCUUCAAAGCUACUGAUUCCAGUUCAGAAACAGACAAACAAAAUAAACUACAUAUGGCACUUUGAGCUGAACAUUGAGAAAUUACAUCCUCAUGUAUGCUGCCUUGGUGAGCAUGAGAUUGCAGAGCAAAAAGGACAUUUAUGCCUUUUGACUUGUUGAGUGCCUAAAAUUAAGCAACUCGUCUUGGUUUUUCCCAAAUCAUCAGCCCACAAAAGGAGAUGUGCAGUUCCAAGAUAGUGCCUGAAUUUUUCCAUGUAUACAAUGUGCUGCAGUGCAGGCAUACUGAUGGUGAACGCUGUGUCUUUUUCAGGUUUGGCACAGACUUGCACAGGGUAUUGGGAAGAAGAGCCAGCCACAGGCUAGUACAUGCAACUUGCAAAUGCAGUCUUUAUUUUAAAGAUUUUGACCUUCCAACUUAAUAACUGAAGAGGGGGAACGGAACGUCUUGCCAGUAGCAAUACUCAGUCUACCUGUUAGAAGAAUGGCUGCAGGAAAAUAAUAUUUUGGGGGAUUUGGUUUUCUACCACAGGCUGGGUACAAAGGGAAGGGAGGGUGAUUCACUGCUUGUGAAGGAAAACCUGGUUUCAUCUGCUCCUCAUGUAGACAUUCUAUUAGCAGCUCAGAACCUGUAUUAAAUCUUGGGGGCCUGAGCAGAAUAGAGGGGUGCAGGCAUACAUCUGCAAAUGUUGCAUCUGCCAGGCUACUUCUCAAUGUUUGGAUGUUCACUUGCAACAGUCUGUUCCCACAAAUCCCAGAUUAUGUCUUAAUCCACACUGUUCACCUCAAAGUCUGCACUGCAAGUAAGACUGAAGUCUGAUAGCCCGUGAAAGGCUGUCCAGCAUGAACACCAUCACCACAGGUUCUCUCUCGUUUCAUCUCUGCUUUUUAAAAGACUGUUUUCUGUGCUCCUGUGUAAACAGCAACGGCCAAAGUAGGAGCAUAUGAAGCUGUGUACCUUUAAGAGCAUACAGAUGUUGCCAACACAUUGUUUUCCUGCUGUCUUUCCAGAUGCUGUUACAAGGAAAGAUUCUGAAUAGUUGUCCGUGACAUGGAUUGGAACUCUUAAAUUUUUGCUCAAGAUAUCUUGAUGUAGUGUCCUUUAGGAUCCCUUUUCUUCCUAUUUAAUACCCCUCUGGUGUGUAUGCAUUGUAUUAGGUGUGUGAAAAUAGUCACGUUGCUGGAAUAGACACCUGAGCCUGUGGAUAAUGCAGCCCCAUCCCUCAAUUAUGUGCCCUAAAUUUUCAGCAUGACCCUAGAGCUCUCUUCCUUAAUCUACUGAGCCUCUUCUGUGUUGCCCAAUCAGGAACCAAGGGGUGAAUGUAUUUAUUAUCUUGGGUGCUGCUGACUCCAUACUUUGGGGCUGUGGCAGCAUGGGAUUACGAUGCACUUUCAAGCAACACUGAGUUUAUGAAUUCUGUCUUAUCACACCAGUGUCUUGUGAUUGGUUUCUUAUGAAUUUUUUUAAUAAAAGUAUCUCUGGUGAAUA